AAUAUUCACAUCUCUGGGCAAAUUGGAUUACAGCUACCCUCUUCGAGCUUCCGAGAAGUUGAAGGGACCUCCGUGUUGAAAUUCCCUGCAGAGGAAGUGCCAAUAAAGGAGUUCUACACUGAUAAUUGACAAAGCGCCUAUACAAGAGCUAUCCGCUGAUAGGAUCUGCUGUGUUCCGGCCACAUGUUCACACAAGGGCUCACUUGCACCACCUCCACACAUACUUCUGCAGUUUGCUGCUAUUCAGCUGAUUUGUCGGAUUCCAACCCCCGAAGCUCCAUCUCCGAGUUCUUCUGGACAGGAAAUUUUCCUUCCGAGCACCACAAAUUCUCCACAACUUGGUCAGCUCUUCGUAAUCAACGUGGCUCUUGUCACCUGAGCUGUACCAAAAAUUGUCCAACCGACCUCGGAAGAUUGUUGUCUUGGGAACUAGACUAGAUGGUUUCAAGGCAUCCAGCUCUCAGGAAGAUUUUGCACUUCAAGAGCUGUGACUGUCCACAGAUCGCCUAACCAGCGGUUGAUAUGCGGACGGUUCCAUGAAAAGAAAGUUGGAAGAACACCCCUACGUUUAUAAUCCAGUUCUCAUCUCUGGGAACCAUCGAAUGUAACUGUAUUUACACAGCUCUUUCUGCUGUUCUCACAUCGGCAAUCUAAGUCUAUUGGCUAGGUUCUUGUUCCUCUCUUAUGUAUCGAAUAUUGUGUGUACGUGUCUGUGUUCACAAAGAGACCUCCAAGUUACGAUCGUUACACACAGCUACUGAGAUCAGUUCAAUGAAUCUUACAGCGGCGCACACAUGUUGAGGAACAUCGACGUCCUAUUCACAAAUUUCAGGGUUGAAUCGAUCGCGCUUGAAAACAUGAAGGCAAUCGUACUUGUUGUGACCAUCUGCCUCUCUCUCGUGGUGCUUGCCUCGAUUCACGUCGUAGCUGGGCAAGAGACGUGGUACGGCAUUGAUGGGAAUAACGACGCAGCCAACUCUGUGGAUAGGGCAGGUGAAGCCAAAGUGAUGCGCUGGGAUGACGAGGUCAGGGCACGCACGGGACGAAGGCUACUGCAAGUGAGCGAUCAGGGCGACCAAACGGCGCUGCUGCAGUUCAAGCAGGGAGUUCAAGACCCUGCUGGUAUCCUCCAUAGCUGGAACCUGACCUUGAAUCCAGAUGUGUGCGACUGGGGCGGCGUCACAUGCACCAAUGGUACCAAUCCUCGAGUAGUGCACUUGUACCUAACAGGCAGAUUCAACGCAAGUUUGAGGGGCGGAAUCUCGCCGAACAUCUCGGGGCUCACCGUGCUGCGAAACCUGACGCUGUCGAAUCACUUUUUACGCGGAAGCAUUCCCGAAGAGCUGGGGACCCUCUCCAUGUUGGUUGGUCUCAAUCUGUCAGGGAAUAAUCUUACUGGUAGUAUCCCUGCAGAACUUGCAAAGCUCACCGAGUUGAGGAGCCUCGAUCUGUCCGGGAAUAACCUAACGGGUGAUAUUCCAUCAGAAUUGAGCAACCUCUCCUCAUUAGUCAGCCUCGACCUUGGUAUGAACAACCUGACAGGCGGAAUUCCUGGAGGACUGGUGAAGCUGUCUUUGCUGGUUAGCUUGGAUCUGUCAGAGAAUAAUCUGGUGGGCGAUAUUCCUAUGGGAAUCGGAAACCUCUCUGCCUUAGAGAACCUGCAGCUUAAGGCAAACGGGUUAAGUGGAGCAAUUCCUGCAGAGUUGGGGAAUCUGAAGCAACUGAAGAAUUUAAGAUUGCACGACAAUUACCUGACGGGCUUUAUCCCGACGCAACUUGCAUCCUGUAAAUCGCUGGAGAGGCUGGAUGUCGGUGCCAACAAUCUCACAGGUAAAUUGUGGCCUCAGUUGGCGCAAUGCAGGAAUUUGGUGGACCUUGAUGUGUCUUCAAAUGGGUUGGAAGGUGGAAUUGAGCCAGAGUUUGGAACCUUGGGUAAUCUGCAGAAUUUUCUGGGCAUGCAUAACAACUUUAAUGGCACCAUACCUGACACCUUUGGCUCAAACUGCUCCAACCUUCGAAGCUUUUCUGUAAAUAACAACAAGCUAACAGGGCCGAUCCCGACUGGGUUUGCCAACUGUCCCCAGUUGCAGGGGUUUCUGGUCGGGUUCAACAAGAUAAACGGAACAAUUCCAAUGGGGUUUGGGAAUUUGCAGAAGCUGUCUGUUCUUUACUUCCAAAAUAACGACAUUGAAGGGCAGAUUGAUUUUCUAGAGAACUGCUCGGCUAUGGGGCUGAUUCACGGAGAGAACAAUCAUCUCACCGGCCCACUUCCAAGGUACUUUUGGCCAAACUGUUCGCACUUGACGCACCUAUUUGUAUCGGGGAACAAUUUCACGGGUGAAAUUCCGGCAUCUCUUGCAAAUUGCCCGCUUCUGCAGAACGUCGGCGUUAGCUGGAAUAAGUUGACGGGCGUCAUCCCUGAGGCUUUCAGCAAGAGCCCGAAAUUGAUGAAUUUACAGGUUGACCACAACAAGCUUACUGGUAGUAUACCUGCAAGCUUUUGUUCAAAUUGGUCUGACAUGGAAAUUCUCUACUUUCAAAACAACAACCUAACGGGGACGAUCCCUGUGAUGCUUGGGAACUGUCCAAAUUUGCAGCAACUGCAUGUGCAAGAAAAUCCACAUUUGACUGGAAUAAUACCGGAGGAGUUGGGACGGCUGCAGAAACUGGAAAAUUUGGUAGCUUAUGACACACGAAUUUCCGGCGAGAUUCCAGCAUCACUUGGAAACUGCACGCGGUUGCAAAACCUUGUACUAUUUAACAAUACACACAACGGAACCAUACCAGCCUCUCUUGGAAAUUGCUCUGGACUAAAAAUACUAAUGUUGUCCAAUAACAAUCUAGCGGAUGUGAUCCCUGACAGUCUCGGCAAUUGCAGCGUCCUUCGAUUGCUUGAUCUCUCUAAAAAUCAACUAACCGGGGCCAUACCAUCUUCCUUUCGAAAUUUAGUCUCUGCGGAAACAAUAUUCCUUGCAAGCAACAACCUUUCUGGAGACUUUGUUCUUGAUAUGAGCAAGUUGACCAACUUGGAAUCGGUGUCGCUUAGCAACAAUCUCAUGGCUGGGGAUGUGUUCGCAUCCCUCGCAACCCUCAACGCAACCAACAACUUCACGGCGGUGGAUUUCACCUCGAACGAGCUGACUGGCACACUUCCUGCAACUUUUGACGUAAAAAGGUUGACGUCUCUAAAAGUUAUGCUGUUUGGGAGCAACAAUCUCCAUGGCUCAAUCCCAUCGUGGGUUUGGACCCUUCCGAAACUACAGUUGCUGGACCUGAAGAACAACAGCUUCUCCGGACAGUUGUCUGCCUACUUCGACAACCUUCGGGGGUUCAUCGACGAAUCUUCCAACAACCUUAAUAUCAGCUCGGACGGAUCCUCAUCAAGUUACAUUCCGAGUGUGACCAUCGAGGUUGCAGGCGCCCAUGUAACGUACUCCACCACCCUUGACUGGGUUAUCUCCAUGCAGUUGUCGCGCAACAACCUCUCGGGCGUAAUCCCGACCGAUAUCACCAAACUUGUGAAGAUGAAGUCUCUGGAUCUGUCAAGGAACCAGUUUGAAGGUGAAAUACCAACGAAUAUGGGUGCCCUUACUCAACUCCAAUUCCUGGAUCUUUCCAACAAUCGACUUAACGGCAGCAUUCCGCAGUCCUUCAUAAAGAUCUCCAAUUUGGCAACGCUUUUUCUUGCAAACAACUCACUAUCUGGUGCGAUACCCUCUGGAGGAACUUUGCAGUCAUUUUCUAAUUCAAGCUGGUUACCUGGGAACAAAGGGCUGUGCGGCCCGCCACUAGAUCCGAUUCAAUACGCUUGUUACGCAGCACAGUCGGAUUCUGGAGACUUGUCCUUCACUGAUCUAUUUGCUGUUCCUGGUUUGGUGGUGGGAUUCGUAGUGGGUUUUGCAUCGAUUGCGUUUUUGUGUGUUGCGUGGAAACCAGCGAGGAACUUCGUCCAUCCCAAUGUGAAGAAACCCCAAAGUAUGUGGACGCCGAAGAGUCACUAACCUGAGUCGGUAAAGAGAGAUUCCAGUCGACUAUUCUUCUCUGGUUUGACAAUGGGUGUGGAGAAGCUGUCCAGCAUGUGUAUCGGCGUCUGCACACAACGAGUUUCUAUGAAGGACCAGAUGGUUUGGUUGUCUGUCAGAAGUACAAUUCUCCAACUAUGCCGAUGAGCGCUUAGACCGCUGCUGAGAUGUUCCGAAUUUCUGGACUUCGUCAAUCACAGCGAAGUCUGAUCUUAUAGUGGCAUGAAGACGUCUUGAAACACAACGGAACUUGAAGUUUUGCAGGUUGUGAUAGGAUUUUUUCAGCACAAUGACCAUGAGAUUGUUCAUAUGAGCAGGUAUUCGUACAUGUGCAAAUUGGUGUAACCACAAGGUACUGUUAUUGUCAAAGUAGGCAGCGUGUUGCACUCGUGGUUUCCAAUCCAUGAUUGAUGUACGAACUCUUUUGAACUUGAACUCGGCUGUUGUUUUUGAUGUGGUAGUUCAGUUCUUAGUCACAAUGGCUUUGCCUGAGUAUAUUAUUUACACGGCAAGUAUGGUUUAUAUUAAAAUUGGCUUUUGCCCAACUGUUACAUGGAAUGUUUGAAUAUAGGGUAUCUUUGUCAAA